CCUGGAUAUGCGAACGGCUCUCUGUGACGUGUUUAUUGUGACAGCUGACGAGGAGGAACUUUCUUCACGCUCGAGACUUUCUCAGACGCUUAAAGAAAAAAAGAAUCAUGUCAUCAGAAAGUGAAGAUGAAUUCCAGUCCGCAGACGAAGGGUCGGACUUUGAAGAUUCGUACCCUUUGAAUUCACAAGUCACAGCCACAACAAGGAGUGAAGCCCAACUUGUGUCGUCAUGCCCAGCCCCAACAAAAGAAGUAGUAAAAGACAACAUGCAUAAACCAGCGUCCAUCAAAGAUACCAAAACUGAGUGCUCAGAACCUGUAGUAUCAAAAGCAACUCCUGCAGAGGAAUUUGAUGCAGAUGAUGAGUCAGAAGAGGAAAUUCAUGAGGAACCUCAGACAAAGACUUUUGAUGACAAGGUAACUAAUCUCAUGUCGGCUUUAGAUCAGUUGAGCGUGCGAGUUAAUAAACAGCUCACAAAGCCAGUUAGUAAAGCAGAACCUGUGGAUGAGAUGCUAGAAGAAGAUGAAGAUGAAGGUGGUCACAAAGGAUCAGUAGAGGAAGAUCAAGCAAAGGAGAGAGAGAUUUUGAAAGAGGAUGAGAGGAAGAGGGAACUAGAAAAGGAAAAAGAAAAGAAAAGAGAACUAGAAAUGGAAAGAGAGAGAAAAAGAGAACUGGAAAAGGAAGAAGAGAGAAAGAGAGAAGUAGAAAGAGAAGAGAAGAGGAAACAGGAGCUAGAAAGGGAAGAAGAGAAGAAAAGGGAGAUAGAAAGGGAAGUACAAAGAAAGAGAGAAAUUGAGAGGGAGAAAGAGAAAAAAAGACAGAUUGAAAAAGAAGAGGAGAGGCAAAGACAACUAGAACAGGAAGAACUGAGGAAAAGAGAGCUUGAAAAAGAAGAGAGAAGAAAGGAGCAUGAAAGAGAAGAAUUGAGGAAAGAAGAGAUUGAAAAAGAAAAAAGAAAAAUGGAAAGAGAAGAAGAGGCAAAAAGGAUGGAGGAAGAAGAAAGGAAAAGAGCAUUAGAAAAGGAAGAAGAUAGAAAAAGGGAGAUUAAAAGCGAACAAGAAAGGAAGGAAGAACAAGAGAAGAAUGCUGGCAACACUCAGGACUCAGGAACAGAGAGCCAGAAAGCCAAGCCAAUUCGUGAGUCGAAGAUUGGCAUGAAGAAGCCACGAGAAAAACUGGGCGAGCGCAUGGGUGCACGGAGGCUGGGGGCAAAAGUUGAGAAAAAGCCUCUUGAAAGCAUUAGUUCAGACAAUUUUAAGAAGCCUGAAGAUACUAUGUGGAAUAAGGAAGAGAGCCAGACAGACAGUGCAGAAGCUAAGCAAAGAGAGGAGGAGAAGCAAAAGCAAGAGAAAUGGAGGAAGCAGCAACAGUGGGAAGAGCAGCAAAAGAGAUGGCAACAGAUUAAUGAAGGAGAAGAUAAAAAAGAGGAAGAAGACACAAGCUGGGGUGGUGGAUGGGGAGGCUGGGGAACAAGUCUUCUCACUGCCGCAUCCACUUUCACCCGUGAAGUUGGUAGGGGUGUUGGCACCGUCAUGGAGACAGUGGAAGGGACCUUGGGAGUGCCAGACGCUGAGACAAUGGCCAGGGAAAUAGUGGAGCGUGAUAAAGAGCUCAAGGGAAAGCUAGCUCAGUCAGAACAAAGCGCUUCAAGAGAGAAAACUCCCGAUUCAAAUGCAGAGGCAGAGGAACCGGAGCCAGAGAAGACAGGGGAUACUCCCAGCAGUGGCAGUGCUCCCAGCAACCAAACUGAAGGCAAUGCAGGCUAUGUCCCAAGUUAUGGUCUCAGUGGACUAUCAUCACUAGGCUCUCUUGUGUCAGGUGUCUCGGGAGCUUUGGAGACUGCCAGUUCUAAGGUUCUGAUGGGAGGCCUUGAUACGUUAGAAGUGAUUGGAAGGAAAGCCAUGACAGUUAUCCAAGAAGGCGACCCCGGGCUGAGAAAGAAGAGGGCCUUCCUCACCAGCAGCAAACCAAAUUUAUCAAUGAUACUUCAAGACGCACGCCAAAGGGCAGCUCAGGAAGAGUCUGAUCAGCGUGAUGGCAUCCACAACAAAGAAUCAGGGCUUUUCCGAAGACCAAACUUUGACCAGGCUUGGGAAAAUACGGAAGGCCCUGUCCACGUCGAGGCACUCUCUCUUGUGGCAAAACAGUGUGAAUCGAAGAUGAAUACGUUACUGCAGAGUAUGCCACCAUAUCUGGUUGACAGAAUUCAAAAUUCCAACCUGAGCAUCAAAAAAACGUGUGAGAUGGACGAAGAAAGUCAGCUGGAGGGAGAUUUUGCAACACAAGUGACUAAAAUUGUUUCCCAAAUCAGAUUGCCUCUGCACUCACAAAAGAUCAGAGAGGCUUGGGCAGGUGUAGAGGAGACGGCUUCAUUAAUCGAGGAAAAAAAGAAUCUGGAUUGGGCGGUUGUGGAAAAGGAAGUGUACUUAUCUUUAGCAUUGCUAAUAGCGCAGUUGGCAGCUUUAACUCACAAGGGCUCUGAGUUGGCCCUUAUUACUCCAGGAUCAGAACCCCAUGCAAUUGCAAACAGCUUUAGAGAGUUGAGCUGUUUGGUCUGUGCUGGUAUGGAGAACACAGUGGAUAAUAUAUGUAGCAUCAUCACAGCCAAAGCUUCAGCUGCCGAUCCAGAUGUGAAUAAUACUAUCACAAAUAUAUAUUUACAGGGAGCCAGUGGGAAUAGUUGUGUUCAAGAAGGCAUGAUGUUCCUCUCAUCUGUACUUCAGUAUGCCAACACCAAGCUUCUGGCUGCUGAUCUAUAAAGAACAUUAUUUUUGUAUGUUAUACUAGUCUCCAUUCAGAAUCUACGAAACAUAUGCACAACCUGUUGCUCUAGUUUAUAAAUCUGUUUAUAAUGUAAAAGUGAUAAUCAGAUUAAGAUGUACUGUCAAGAAGGAUCAAGGACUGUGAAUAUAGAAUAGUGGUCCUUGGAAAAGAAAAGUUUUAAUAUUUAUUUUUGGAAGAUUUGUAUCACUAUGUCCAUGAAAAACAGAUAUAUUCUAAUCACAUCAUUUGCCUUCUAGUCGCAAAGGAUUUUUAAAAAAGAAUAAAAUUAAAAUGUGUAAAAUAAUGAUGACACAAUAAUGUUCUGGCAACAUCAGUAUGUAAGCAUGUCACAGGAUUAAUCUGGAUGUACAUGCUGACAGUGAAUUGAGAAUAUUGCCAGAGCCACUGUAUCUUGUGUUUAUAGUAGCAUAAUGCUGUGUGUGUUGUAAUGGAUGUAAACAUUCAGGCAUCAUUUUAUUAUUCUCUCAAACUUUUAAAAACUUAUUUUAUUAAUUCUAAUUGCCGUUCAUAUAUUUACCUGUUGAAGUUGAGAGGGCAUGUCCAGUGUAAUUUUAGCUCAUUAAUUUGUAUACACAAAGAUGGCUCCACAAGUGCUUAGACAUGAAGGAAUCCAUUAUUAUGCCAACUUGAUCUCUCCAGUAUACCUUAUUCCCUGAUUUUUUUUUAAAGGAAAAGUUUUUAUUUUUAUUUUUUUUAUUUAUAUUAAUAUUGUCAAUAACAUUAUAAGGAAAAUUAGGUCAAUAAAAAUAAUAAUAAUAAUAAUAAUAAUUUUGAUCUUGAAAAUUCAAGGAAUGAGGUAAAUAGGUAAGGUCAGGCAGGCCUAGGAAAUGACUUUGUCAUAAACAAGUGCUUCUGAAGCCAUCUAUGUGUAGGCAAAAUUGACAGAACAAGACUAUAGUGGACAAUUCAUGUACCCAAUGUCAGUAGGUUAAUCUCAUUACUUUAGAGAUGUUUUUAAUGGGAUGCUUUGUAUAUUAAUUUGCCCUAGUGGAAUUGCAUUUUUUCUUAUACUUUUUUAAUGUUAACAAAAGUACAGGAAUUUCUUUCUAAACUGUAAAAAUAUGUUGGUGUUGUUUAUUACAGAACAUAAUUUAUAAUCUUUUUGUAUGUAAACUGUAGCAGUUACUAUUUCAACUUUAAUCAGACUACUUAUUUUAGUAAGAGGAUAUUGUAUGUGGCAUUUUUGUAAAAGAUUUUAAUGUACAGCUUUUUACUUAAAGAAAAGGAAAGUAAUAAUAAUGUGCCUAAUACCAUCAGAUAGUAUUAAAACUGUACUGGGAUGCAGUUGACUAAUCACAACAGUAAAAGUCAGCAUGAAUUCUUCAGUAUUGGAAGCUUCAACUCUUUGAAAAAAAUAUGGGAUUCAUUUUAACAUUGGCCUUACUUAUGCUCUAUGACACCUUUGUGUGUGCAGUGUCAGUGCAUACUCAGCCCUGGGUGAGGCACAGCACUGCUUUAGCUCUCCAGAAACUAUAAUAUAUUUUACUUAAUUUUAUGAAUACAAUCCAGUGUUCUUGAAGUUUUGAAAAUGUUUAUUUUUUAUUAAAGGAUUUGCAAAAC